GCCAAGCUCCGCAUUCCAUUUCCUUCGCCCAGUCACUCCCGUCCCCUGCCUAUAAAUACCGCUACAAACCCCGCUGCCACAAUUCGCCAACUUUUUGGCUGGCUCAUCAGGUUUCGACUCCGGAGCGGCGGCGUGGCCUCGUCGACUCCUCACCCCUCUACCUGUUUAGUUUGCAUUUGAAAUGUCUUUUGACAUCAGAAAGGAUAACCCAUGGUUUCUUUGGUGUGACUUUUGGUUCAUAUGUGGUAGUUGGUUCUGGUGUUCCAAUCGAAUCUUGUUUCGGCACUGGACUUGAUAAAAUAUUGCGGAAGGUUUAUUUUUUCUUGGAACUUAGUUUAAACUCCAAGUGAUUGUGAAAUUCCAUCUAAGGGAUUUUGUUCCAAGUCUUGAAGAACUGAGAUUGAGAAUUUGUUUAAGUUAUGAUGUCCAUGUCAUCCCUCCCGCUGGGCUUUCGCUUUCAUCCAACCGAUGUUGAGCUUGUAUGUUACUACCUGAAGAGGAAAAUAAUGGGGAAAUCCUUUCUCUUUGAGGCUAUUUCUGAGAUUGAACUGUAUAAAUAUGCUCCUUGGGAUCUUCCAGCGAAGGCACAAUUUCACAGCAAAGAUCUUGAAUGGUACUUCUUUUGCCCUCGAGCUAGGAAACAUCUUAAUGGAUCAAGAGCAAACCGUAUUACUGAUAUUGGGUACUGGAAAAUCACGGGAAAAGAUAGACCCAUUAAUCACAAGUCUUGUGACAUAGGCAUGAAGAAGACUCUUAUCUUCCAUGUAGGCAAGGCGCCAAAUGGUGAUAGGACCAACUGGGUGAUGUAUGAGUACAGGUUGCAGGACAAGAGUUUGGCUGAUAGUGGAUUCUCACAGGAUGCGUAUGUACUCUGUAAAAUCUUCCAAAAAAGUGGUCCAGGCCCUAAAGUCGGAGAACAGUAUGGUGCACCAUUUAAUGAAGCGGAUUGGGAAGAUGACAUGGCUGUGGAUUUGUCCUCUUUCCCUCUUGUAUCUAGUCCGAGUCUGAAAACAUUUGACAAUCAAAAUGCAACAAUGGAUUCUUUUUGCCAAGAAUCUAGAGCUUCUACUGUUGGUGAAGUAUCUUUCAAUGCCAAUCAUUAUGAGUCUGAUGGAAUUUCAUUGGAGCAUCUUGCAGAUAUCCUUGCUUCCCCGUAUUUUCAUUUAGAAAAUGGUCCUUCUGAGGUGUCUGAUAUGCUUGAUCCAACCAUUCUGCCUGGUGUCAGUGAAGAAACUUCAGGCAACAUUUGUCAGUCUGAUGCUGCCUUCAAGAAUGAUGAAAUGUGUAAUCUUAUACUAUCAGACCUCUCUGCUGAUUCGUUUCUUGAACUAAAUGAUCUAUGCUGUCUCGGGGAGAGUUAUGCCUCCAAUGUUGUCAGACCAGACCAUUCAUCUUUCCAGUAUCCAAUUGAUUUCUACCCUGGUUCUCAAAUUACUACUGCUUCUGGAGUUGGUGAUUGUCUUCAUGCAGGACGUGAGACAGCUCUUGAACAAACAGAACAAGAUUUAGAGAUUGAAGCUUUUGUAGGAUCUUUUCUGAACCCAACUGCUCCUGGUUUUUGAAGCUCAAGAGCUAUUAUCUCCAAGAAUUUGCAGAAGCUCUUUCACUGGGACUUGCUCUAGCAACUUAACAAUCAUCUUCUUCUUCAUCAUCAUGCUUUGGCUGCUAACUUAGCAGGUGAACACGAAAAUAAGUGGAGCAUAGAAAAAUCUUAUAUACGAUUGCGACCUUGGAUUUGUUAAAAAAUAGCAUAAAAUGGUUUUCUAGUGCUUGAAAUGGAAAGCAUGUGAAGUCAAAGUAUUCAGACUAUUAAAACAUCUGAGUUGAUUUUUGAAGCUCACCAGAGUUGAUUUUCAAGCUCACCCUUCGUCGCAAUGAACAAUUUGGCAGGUGAACUGGUUUCUAAGUAGCACGAUGAGACCUAGACCUAACAUGGAACAUUUGUGCUUUGACAUUUACAAUUAAAGAUCAUGCAUUUAUUGUUCUAGAUUUGUUAUCUGGACAUUUUGUUCAUUGUAGGACUUAUAAUUGCAUUUUGAAGAACGAAUUAUUGUAUCUUGACAGAACGGGUAAAACAUAAUUGUCACUUUGAUAUAAUUGUAUUGGGCCUAAUUUUGACAGUGCAAUUUGAUUAUAAGUCAGCAA